AUGGAAGAUCCAGGUGAAGGUGACCAGAGCGGGGAAGAGAGUCCUACGUACGGAUAUUUCUCAGACGAAGACAGUUCUGAUUGUGAAGAUAGCGGAGAUGGGACAGUGGGGAGAACGGGGAGCGGGGAGAGUCUGAACGGUCCUCACCCCGCCGCGAUCAGCUCUGAGGGGUGCGGCACGGAGACGCGGGAAGCGGUGAGCCAGCCGCCCACCGUGCUGCACUGGGUCCGCAUGAGCGCUCUCCGGAUCCACGACAACCCGGCUCUGCAGCAAGCACUACUCGACACUCAGCGCAGACUUCGCUGUGUUUUCAUUAUAGAUCCUUGGUUCAUCCGAGGCCGCAUUGGAGAGAACAGGUGUCGAUUUCUUCUGGAAAGUCUUCACGACCUGGACAAGAAGUUGAGGGCCUACUGCAGUAGACUGUAUGUGGUGCAAGGCCAGCCAAUUGCAGCCAUGGAGCAGCUCAUUAGACAGUGGAACGUGCAGCAGCUGACGUUCCAGCAAGACAUGGAGCCAUACAGUCAGAGACUGGAGGAGAGUGUCGCCAAAGUCGCCAAAAUAUCUGGAGUUGAAGUAAGUGUCUCGUAUCUCUCAGCGUUCCCGUUCACAGCACACACUCUUUACCAUCCAGCUGCCAUGCUCGCUGCCAACGGCAACAAACCCAUUCUCACUCAAAAGGCCUUCAGAGAACUGGUUCCAAAGUUGGGAGCUCCUACCAAGCCAAUUGCCGUGCCAGACCCUGACUCAGAGGUAUUCUCGACCAAACUGUACAGUGAGGAAGACCCUGAUGUGGGUCUGUAUCGUAUCCCCACAAUGAGUGAGAUGGGGUUUGAGGACUGCAGCCUCUAUACCAAUGUAUGGGUUGGAGGAGAGACUGAGGCCCUCAGAAGACUCCCUCUCUACUGCCAGCUGAGAUCCCAGAACACUGACAACACGGUCGACAUGUUGUUCGACAAGUCUGCACUAAGUCCGUAUGUGAGGUUUGGCUGUCUGUCUGUGCGCUACUUUCUCUGGAAGACUAGAGCCAUUUCAAGCAGCAAUCCAGCUGUCGAAAGCGUAGUACGCCAACUGACACAGAAACUGCUGAAUCGAGAAUUUUACUUCGUCGUUGCUUCUCAGGUACCAAACUAUGACAUCACAGAGAACAAUCCAAUCUGUCUCCAGUUGCCGUGGGAGACGGACACCUCUCUCCUUCCCCUGUGGAGAGAAGGCAAAACAGGGUAUCCAUGGAUUGAUGCUGCAAUGAGACAACUGAGGAAGGAAGGAUGGAUACACUAUUACCUCAGAGAAUCAGUGGCUGCCUUCCUGACCAGUGGGGACCUGUGGAUAUCAUGGGUGGCGGGGAAAGACACGUUUGAGGAGCUGUUGCUGGACUACGAGCCCACGGUGUCGUGUGGUCUGUGGAUGAAAAGCAGCUGUUCAACCUUUCUUCACGGACCCAUUCCGUACUACUGCCCCAUUACAUUUGGGCAGAAGAUAGACCCAAAGGGACAGUAUAUCCGGACCUUCUGUCCUGAGCUACGAAACAUGCCCAGUGAAUACAUAUUCUCCCCCUGGCUGGCUCCACCCCAUGUUCAGAAGGCAGCUAACUGUAUUAUUGGUGCCGAUUAUCCUAACCCAAUGAUCGAUCAUACCACUGCAGGUGCCCUUUGCUGCGAAAGAAUCCGCAGUAUUCUGAAGAGCCUCCACUCCCUGAUGCCUAACUUACCACAAGGUCUCCCAGUCUCCACCACUCCUGGGUCACCUUCUUCCUAGCACCUCCACCCCUCUCAUCUCCCUCUCUUCUCUUUGCCUUUUCUAUAUACGACUUGUCUCUCCCUGUAUUAUCACCUUCUUUACCAAAUUCUCUAUCUCUGUCUCAUCUAUGUGGUGUGUAUGUUCCUUCAUCGAUUACUGACAAUUGCAUCAGCAGUUGUCUUAUCUCUCGUUGUAACACUUAAACAACAAAAUUUAUUGUUUUGUUUUUGAGUGUGGUGGAAAAUUGUUGCCAUGGUAACGAUGCUAGUCGCUGUCACUGGAGGUGUCGGAGUAACCACAAAGGAGCCCCAGACCGCCUGACCCC